GAUUAUAUGUUAUAUCGUCAUAUUAGGCUAAUGCUACCAAUUAAAAUCCAAAAUUCUAUGUCUUAAUACUACUUUUAGAGUUCAAUGCAUGACUAAAAGGAAAAUAAAGCUCUUUCAGACCAAAUUCAUGGGGUAUUAGCCAAAAUUAAUAUAAUCUAGGACCAAUCACAAAGAAAACGUUUGAUGUUUUCACUCAAUUCAGAAAACCUCAAACGAGCAAUACCUCAUAAUUUUGGCUAUUAAUGUUUUUAAAAAUACAACACACUACACUGCACACACCCAUAUGCUGCUUCUUUCUUUCAUAAAAAACAAAUUACCUUUCAACAGAAAUCCGACAGCAACUAGCUGGCUAGCUCGCUCGCUCGCUCGCUCCUCCCAGUACAAUCAGUAUGCAUUCUUCUCUCAUGAGUUCCAGCAUCUCAACGAACCACGGAACAAUAUUGACCACCACCGGCGACCUGAAUGGAACAACAACAGUGGACGCGGGAGCCUCGACGCAGCUGAUUAGCGCCGGCGAUCCCAAGGAGAGAAUCAAGAAGCUUUUCGAAAAACUCGAGCUGUCAGCCUCCCCGUACGACACCGCAUGGGUGGCCAUGGUUCCAUCUCCCGCGGCAGCGGCUUCUAGCGCUCCAAGCUUCCCAGGCUGCCUUAGUUGGAUACUAAAGAAUCAGCACAGUGAUGGUUCCUGGGGCUUGCAGACUCUAAUUCAUAGCAGAGAUCCGACGCUAAUGAAAGACACACUCUCCUCCACUCUGGCUUGCAUUCUCGCGCUCAAGCGCUGGGGCAUUGGUGACGACCACAUUCACAACGCUCUGGCUUUCGUGGAGGCGAAUUCGAGCUCCCUCGCGGAUUCGCGGCAGCAAACUCCAAUCGGGUUCGACGUAGUGUUCCCUUCCAUGAUCCAAACGUGUGUUCGAGACUUCAAUCUGAAUCUCCCGCUUGAUGCCGCGCACGUCGAGACAAUGAUCCGAGAUAGAGACAUUGCGCUCGUGACCGGUCCGGAUCGCGACACCAACGGUCGCAAUGCCUACCUGGCCUACAUCUCAGAAGGAAUCGGGAACUCGUCGACUGGAGCUUGGGAAACGGCCAUGAAAUUCCAGAGGAAGAACGGUUCGCUUCUCAACUCGCCGUCAGCGACCGCCGCGGCUUUUGUUCGCCUUCAGAACGCAGGGGCACUUCGCUACCUCCAGUCACUGGUUGACAAUAAUACGGCUGAUCACGCAGUUGGAGUUCCAGCAGUUUCCCCCUACCAAAUUCAUGCCCGGCUCUGUCUGAUUGAUGCUGUGGAGAGUCUGGGGAUUGAUCGCCACUUUGUGGAAGAAAUUCAGACGAGCUUGGAUGAGAUCUACAAAUGUUGGCAGCAGGGAGAAGAAGAGAUAUUCCUCGACGCCACAACUUGUGCCAUGGCAUUCCGGAUAUUACGCCUCAAUGGACGCCCAGUCACGCCUGACGUGUUUGAUCGAUUCGCAGAGGGUCGAUUCUGGACCGAUACGAUGGAAGGGUAUUUGAAGGAUAAGAAAGCAGUGUUGGAGUUGCACAAAGCGGCCAGAAUCAAUGGCUGUCACGGUUCAACCAUCCUUGAAAGCCAGCAGAUGUGGACAGCCAAGUUCCUAACACAGGUAGCUUUGGAAUACAGUCAUGAUCAUAGUCCUGCUCCACCCAAUAUUGUCAAUGAGGUGAAUGAUGUCCUCAAUUAUCCAUUCGACGUUGACGUCGAACUCUUGGCUCACAAGAGAAAUACCGAUCAGUACCGUCCCGAAAAGACCAAGAACAAACUUCUCAAAUCCUCCAUCAGCUGUGCGGCCUUCGGGGACGAAGCUCUGCUGAAACUAGCAAUAGAAGACUUCAACUCUCGUCAAUCAUUGCACCGCCAAGAGCUAGAACAACUUAUGUUGUGGCUUAAAGACAAAGAACUGUACGAGAUGAAGUUGGCCAAGGUGAAAACAGGCUACUGUCACUUUCAAGCUUCAGCAACUUUCUCCGACCCUGACCACUCCGAUGCCCGCAUCUUGUUGUCCAAACACGCCCUCAUUAUUUCUCUAGUGGAUGACUUAUUCGACAUUAAUGGAACUCCGGAGGAGUGUUUGAACCUUGUCCAUCUCUUGGAGAGGUGGGAUGUGGAGGGGCCAAAGGUGAAGUUGUGCUCAAAGCUAGUCGAAACACUGUACUGGGCAAUUCACAGCACCAUAUGUGAGACGGUGGAGAAAGCCUUCCCGCUACAAGAGCGUAAUGUUAUGGACCACGUCGUUGAGCUUUGGGUGGAGAUGCUGAGAGGAAUGUUGAAAGAAGCAGAAUGGGCUAGGAUGAACUUGGCCCCAACACUUGAUGCGUACAUGGAGAAUUCACCCAUUACGCUCGGUGUAGGAGCCUUCCUGCUCCCAGCCAUGUACCUAGCCGGGCAUAAGCUAGAAGACGACGUCGUUUUAAGCCCACAAUUUCAAGGGCUGUUCAUGCUCCACACCACCAUCGGUCGUUUACUGAACGACGUUGUAGGUUUCGAGAGAGAAGCUGAGCAAGGAAAAGUAAAUGCAGUGUCGCUACGGGUGACGGAGAGAGGAAUGGGCACAGAAGAAGCAGUGGAAGAUGUCGAAAACGAAAUCAAAUCGUUGACGCGAGACAUGGUGAGAUCGGUUACGGGCGAAGAUGAUUACAGUGAGGUUCCUGAAGGAGUGAGGGAUAUGUUGUGGAGGUCGGUGAAAGGGUUCUUUCUGUUCUAUAGGAAGGAGGACCUCUACCAUAAUAGCACAAAGCUGGUCAAGGUUGUAGAAUCUGUGAUGAACCAACCGAUCUCGGUUGCCUCCUCCCAUGGUUUCGAUUAGAUCAGGAAAACUAGUUAGAAACAAGGGCAAGGUAAAUUAAGUUACUGUAACCAGAAACGAGUUUUUUUUAGAAGUAAAUUAAGUUGGAGGAGAACCAAUCAUUUCCCGUAAAAUUUGACCGAACACAUCCGGCAUUAGCGACAGACUGGAGGUUUAGUGACCAACUACAAUCGGUGGGUAAUGUUAUUACUUAUGCGGUUGCUAAUGUUGUGAAUUUACUGACAAACUGGAGCCCUCAGUCAGAGUCAGAGUUCUUCGUUCCUGAUGAUGCUGCUGCUCUGCGCUUUUGUGGACUGAUACGCUUGGAUCCACUUAAGUUGUUUGAUGCGCAAAUGAUGAGAGUUACUUUAUUUGCUGGCUGGUGGUUAGUGAUGGGAAAACGACGUCUGAACAUUGUGAAAGCCGGCCAACUGCAUGCUCAAUGGAAUUGAGCCACGACGGCCCACCGAAGCUCUGUUUAGUGAUUACCUAUUCCGAAGCACAUUAGAGCUUCCGCAACGGCUGUCAUACAGCCGUUGCAUUGUGAUGUGGCACUUGCAUCUUCUUAUUUCAUGGUUGCAUAACCUAUUUCAUAUAGUGGGAGCUUUCAUUUUAUGAAAUACCAAAUGAAAUGGCAAGUGGAUCCGAUAUGACUUUUGGUACGGUUUCCUUUAUCAUGGCAAAAAUUAACGGAGACUAACAGAGAGUGACCAAACCUGAACUAUUGAACUAAUCUUAGUGACCAUGAAUGAAAUUAAAUAUUUGCAGUGACCAAACAUGAACGGUUUUAGUAAACCCAGUGACCAUCCUUGCAAUUAACCCUUACCACAAUGGUACAUCAAAGUUGAUAUAAUUUUGAAUAACUUGAUCUGAUUUAUUUGUGCAAAAAAAAAUUACAACUUAAAACGAAAGAGAUAUAGCCUAUUAAAAUCUAGAGGGGAAAAGAUUAGAGGUCUUCAAUAAAUGGUAAUGUGGCAGGUUAUGCAUGAUUAUUGACCAUAAGGUUAAUGAUCAUAACUGCUCAUGGGCUAUUAUAUUUUACUAUUUCCUUUGCUCGAUAUUUUACAAAUACCAAGAUGGUAGAUUUAUUAAAGGGUAAAUUGCAAGUUUGACCACUGGGUUUACUAAGUUGGUUCAAUGUUUGUCGCUAAAAUAAAAAUAUUUAAUUCAUGAUCACUAAAAUUAGUUCAAUGUUUCAAGUUUCAUCCUACUACUUAAUGAAUUGGGAUAACUGUAUAAACCGAUUUUACAACUUCAGUGUUGAGAUAGAGGGAAAAAGCAACAUAUAUUAAUAUAGCCUGGUUUUCUUCCUCGUCCAGUUUACAGUUAAGUGGAUAUUGUGAUUCAGAUUGGGCAACUUGUCCAGAUUCAAGGAAAUCGAUUACUGGGUACUGUACUUUCCUAGGUAGUUCACUGAUCACUUGGAAAAGCAAAAAGCAGAGUACAGUAUCACGUUCAUCUUCUGAGGCAGAAUACAGGGCAAUGGCGCAACUUGCCUGUGAAGUGCAGUGGUUAAAGGCUUUCCUCGAUUUCUUUGGAAUCUCACAUUCAAAUCCAGUGAAGGUGUAUUGUGAUAACCAAUCGGCUAUUCACAUUGCGGAGAAUCCCGUUUAUCAUGAGCGAACGAAGCACAUAGAGGUAGACUGCCAUGUCGUCAGAGAAAGGUUAAAAUCAGGACUUCUCAAUUUAUUUCAUUUGAACACCGAGAAUCAGUUAGCCGAUUUAUUCACUAAGGGGUUAUCCGGUGAUCGGUUUAAGUUUUGGCUCUCCAAGCUAGGUGUACAUGAUAUGUACUCGCCAGUUUGAGGGGGCGUAUCAACCAGAGUGCAUCAGAGGAAGAACAGAACAUUCAAACAGAGUUGCACUAUGCUGAAAGAAGAAGAUGAAGUGCAGGGGUUCGGGUCAAAAGAUGGAUCAGGCUUCCUUUAACCCGGUUCAACCAAAUCCAUACCAUAAAUAAAUAAAGACGACAACGUUUU